AUGACUGGAGAGGUGAGAAGUUCUCCAGUGUCCUCUACCUUGGAGACCUCCUGCACCUCGAGGCUUCUUACACUGGUCCUGAUGCAGGACAAAGACGACUCUUCAUCGACAGCUGCGUCGCCACUCUGUCACCUGACCCAACAUCAGUCCCCAGAUACAACUUAAUUGAAAACCAUGGGUGCCUCACUGAUGCAAAACAGGAAGGCUCAAAUGCACUGUUCCAACCCAGGACGAGAGCUUCUUCGCUUCAACUGCAGCUUGAUGCUUUCUUGUUUUACCAGGAUUCAAGGAACUCAAUAUUUAUCACUUGCCAGCUGAAAGCGACUUCUGAAAUGUGGAAGAGAAGUCCAGUCAACAAGGCCUGCAAUUAUGUACAUUCAAGAUGGAUAAAUGUGGAUGGGAGUGAUGUUUGUGGAUGUUGUGACAGUACCUGUUACAACAGUUCUUCAACCCACAAUAAAAGCCAAAGACGUCUGAUCCCUAAAGAUAUUGUGGCAU